CCUGGUUAUAAACACAGGAAGGAUUCCAAAGUCCUAAUCAGAAAUCAGUAGAAAAAAACGAAGACGCAUCUGCAACAGACACACGGAGGCAGGCGCGAUGACUUCCAGUAAAAUCGAACUCCCUGGUGAAGUGAAGACCGACGYCGAUGCCGCUGCGCUCAUGGCAUCUCUCCAGCUGAUGCCCUCGCCGGUGCCCAACGCGGAGAUCAAGUACACCAAGAUUUUCAUCAACAAUGAGUGGCAAGACUCUGUGAGCGGAAAGACCUUCCCAGUCUACAACCCCGCCAGCGGAGAGAAGAUCUGUGAGGUCCAAGAAGCAGAGAAGGCUGAUGUGGACAAGGCGGUGCAGGCGGCCCGGCUGGCCUUCACCCUUGGUUCAGUGUGGCGGAGGAUGAUUUUCAUCAACAAUGAGUGGCAAGACUCUGUGAGCGGAAAGACCUUCCCAGUCUACAACCCCGCCAGCGGAGAGAAGAUCUGUGAGGUCCAAGAAGCAGAGAAGGCUGAUGUGGACAAGGCGGUGCAGGCGGCCCGGCUGGCCUUCACCCUUGGUUCAGUGUGGCGGAGGAUGGAUGCGUCAGAAAGGGGUAGACUGCUGGCUAAACUGGCUGACCUGGUGGAGAGGGAYAGUGCCUAUCUAGCAACUAUAGAAUCCAUGGACAGUGGGAAGCCUUUCCUGCCCACCCUGUUUGUGGACCUCCAGGGAACCAUAAAGACGCUCAGAUACUAUGCUGGAUACGCAGACAAGAUCCAUGGAACGUCCAUUCCAAUGGAAACCCAAGCCCUGGUUCCUCCCCAGGUCGGCAAGCUGAUCCAAGAAGCAGCUGGGAAGAGUAAUUUGAAGAGAGUAACGCUGGAGCUAGGAGGAAAGAAUCCCAACAUUAUUUUUGCAGACGCUGAUUUGGAUCUAGCUGUGGAGCAGGCCCACCAGGGAGUGUUCUUCAAUGCAGGCCAGUGCUGCACUGCAGGCUCUCGUAUCUUCGUGGAAGAGCCCAUCUAUGAGGAGUUUGUGCGCAGGAGUGUGGAGAGGGCCAAGAGGAGGACAGUAGGAAGCCCCUUCGAUCCCACCAUGGAGCAGGGUCCACAGAUCAGCCAGGAGCAGCAGAGCCGCGUGCUGGAGUUUAUUCAAAGUGGCAUCAGUGAGGGAGCCAGGCUGGAAUGUGGAGGCAAAGCCCUGGGCCUGAAAGGAUUCUUCAUCGAGCCCACUGUCUUCUCCAAUGUCAAAGAUGACAUGCGCAUCGCAAAAGAGGAGAUCUUUGGACCAGUUCAGCAGAUCAUGAAGUUCAAGACUAUUGAUGAGGUGAUUGAAAGGGCCAACAACACAGAGUACGGCCUGGUGGCAGCUGUGUUCACCAGCGAUAUCACCAAAGCMAUGACCAUCUCCACAGCCAUGCAGGCUGGCACCGUCUGGAUAAACUGUUUCAAUGCCCUGAGCACGCAGUGUCCAUUUGGAGGAUAUAAAAUGUCUGGCAAYGGGCGUGAAUUGGGGGAUUGUGGCCUGAAGGAAUACUCAGAGGUGAAGACCAUCACCAUAAAGAUCUCAGCCAAGAACUCCUAAGGCGGCCGGCCACACCACACGUAGUGGAGGAGGACUUCCUCUGAGGCGCACCACUGACCCUCUGGGUGUCUGUCUGUGGUGGUAAAACACACUGAUCAUCCCAACUAGCCAUGACCAUGGGCAACUAACUCUAUUGGCUGUGAACUCCCUGCCCACUCCUCUCCCUCACCUCCCAUGGGCAGUCCUCACAUCAACAUCAGCUGUCUCCAUCAGCCCGGUGUACACCGGYGGUCUCAAGUUCACACCAAACCUCUACUCCACCUACUGCCAUCACCCACCUCCUCCACUAACCACACUAAAGCACUCGGAGAGACGAUGGGAGAGGCUACUCUGUUCACGUCCCCCCCAAAA